UGCAGCAGCACAGAGCACUUCAGAAGUGAGCGGAGCGGAACGGAGCAGGGUGGAGAAAAAGUUGGACAGAAGUUUUGGUCCAGUUGAGUCCAGCCAUGUAACAUGCACCUCUGUUCUAUGGCUCCUCCUGCUGCCGUGCACAACUCACCACACUCUGGGGGCAAAACGUGGUGAGGAUCCUCAGACAGUACAGGCAGAUGCAGAAACAGUUGAACUGAAUGAACAACUCUAAUGAACAGAUUCAAAACUAGGUGUGAAAUGAGGUUGAAAGUGAAGUGGUGAAUAACAGGAAGCAAAUAUGGCCUAUUGAUAACUAUCAGAAAACAACCACUUAAGUCUCCAUUAGAGCCUCGGGAUUAUAUAAUAUACAUUUAUAUCAUCUCAUUCAGCAAACAAUAAAAAGGGAUUAAACCAAGUUUUGCCCUCCACUUCAUUACUGAGUGGACUUAUCUGCCACGCAGGCCUUUAUCGCUGUUUACUGCUUCACUCUUGAGAACACUGGCGUAUUAAAAUGUCACAGUUCACCAACUUGUCAAUCACUUCACACACCUGUUUUUAUGAAAUGGUGUAUGUGUGUGUGGACAGGGACUUUUUUUUUUUUUUUUGCAUGAUUGUGUUUAUGCAUCCAGUGUCAAGUGCUACCCCCAAACCCCUCAGAGCUCCGGAGGCAGAGAGGCUGACUCGUUCGACAGUGCGGCUGAAGAUGGGCUCUCCUCCCUGGACUCGGAGCUUCGGGCAGCCCUGGAGUGCUGCUGGGUCUCUGUGGGGCUGGGCCACGUCCAGGCUACAUCUCGGUCGGACAACCAGGUUCUGUCAUCAGGACGAGGAGAUGCUGGUUCUGACCCACAAUGAUGAGUUGAACCGAACCUAUGGCACCACAGCCUGUCUGUUACUGAGCGGGGCUCCCCCACUGUGACUGAGAGACCAGCUCCGACAGGAUCCAGCAGCGCCUCAUGGCGCGACCGUCCAGCUUUCAAAGAAACCCGAGCUACUGUGAUCUCCACUGGGCCCAGGACCGUCACCGUAACGUCAGCGGUUUCCAGUGCAGACUCCGCGUGGUUCAAAGCACAGAGAUCCUCUGAGAUGCCAUCGGACAAGAUGGGAAGCAGCAGCGAGGAGAACCUGAGCUUCGACCAGAAGAAGGGUAACAAGAGCGGACCCUACGGGAUGGACGGACCGCUCAAAGGGGAUGUACACAAGCAGAGACUCUCUGAAGACGGAGAGGAGAAAUGGGAAGGAAAGGAAAGUGCGGAGGGGACGUCUCAGUUCCGCACCAGUCUGGACGAAGAGAGAGCAGCGAUGAGUUUGGCGGAUUCGUUUCCGAGCGCCACUGUCGGCACCACUGGUCUGAAUCCCUCUCCCACCAUAACCGCCUGGGAGGCCGGCUGGAACGUGACAAAUGCCAUACAGGGCAUCUUUGUGUUGGGUUUACCCUUUGCCCUGGUCCAGUCAGGCUACGUGGGUCUGGUUCUGUUGGUUCUGUCAGCAUGGGUCUGUAACCACACGGGGAGGAUCCUGGUGGCCUGUCUAUAUGAAGAGGAACAGAGUGGGGGGUCAAAGGUCAGAGUUCGGCACAGCUACCAGGACGUGGUGGAGGCCUGCUGCAAAGGGCUGUGGCCACACUGGCCUGGACUGGGAGGGUGGAUGGUGAAUGUGGCUCAGGUCGUUGAACUGUUGAUGACCUGUACCCUGUAUCUGGUCGUCUCCACCAGUCUGUUGUCUGACAGUUUGGCAGGAUUGGCCGUUCCUCGGUUGGUGUGUUCUCUGGCCUCGCUGGUCUUCCUGCUGCCCUGCCUGCUGCUGACCGACCUCAGACCAGUGUCCACGCUCAGCCUGCUCUGCUCGCUGGCUCACAUACUGAUCAGCCUGAUGGUCAUGCUGUACUGUCUGAGUCUGUCCGGCAGCUGGUCCUGGUCCUCUCUGUCUCUGUCCGUGGACCCCGAGGACUUCCUCGUCUCGGUGGGCGUCAUCAUCUUCUCCUACACCUCGCAGAUCUUCCUCCCGCCUCUAGAGGGCAGCAUGGAGGACCGAGGGCAGUUUAAUGCCAUGCUGGGUUGGACCCACGGUGCUGCCUGCAUCAUGAAAACCACGUUUUCUUUACUGGCCGUGUUGACCUGGGGCGAGGAGACCACUGAGGUCAUCACAGAUAACCUGCCCUCUGACCUUCGACCCUUGGUCAACCUGUGUCUGUUGGCGAAGGCCCUGCUGUCCUACCCCCUGCCGUUCUACGCCGCAGCUGAAAUACUACAGGCCUGUCUGCUGAAAGACUCCGCUCGCGCGUUGGACUGCCAACGCGAAGGUCGAGGCGUGUCUCGUCCCGCCCUGCUGGUCCGCGGCGCCCUGCUGAUGACAUCAUACCUGCUGGCCCUGCUGGUGCCCAGGUUUUCCCUGUUGAUGGGCCUGACGGGCAGCGUGACCGGGGCGGCCAUGACGUUCAUACUGCCGUGCCUGUUCCACCUCCGACUGCACUGGGGCCGCCUCGCUUUGGGGGAGCGGCUGAUGGAUGUGGCUAUAUUGAGUGUAGGGGUCGUCUGCAGCGUGUCUGGUGUGAUUUGUUCAGUGAAAAGACUGGUGGGGGGACUGUAGGGAGGGGAAGGUGGAUGGGUGAAUGGAAAGUGGACGGGUCAAAUUGGCCACUUUAACAGACGACUGACGCUUCUAUUUUCUACACAGUACAAUGAAAAGCACAGAACCACAUGUUGUUUCCAUGACAAGGUCAAGAAUUUACUGGUGUUUUAUUUAGAAUUUUAUAAUUAUUUUCUGACAAUCUUGUCGCCCCCCCCCACACACACACACACACAUUCAUUGUUGAUAAUAAACAUUAUACCUUAACAUGACAUACUGCAGUGGUAUAAUUAGGGUGAUUUCCUGUAGUUACCAUGGUGAAAUAUUACAUAUUGAUGUGCGUGAUGGGAGAAUCAAUCAACAAUAUGAAAUUAAAGUCAACCUCCUGUUUCUAUACGCUUCUCAUCGAUUUUUUUCCCGACACCACGGGGGAUGUUUGUGUCAUUCUAUUAACCAAACCAUCAAAACUCUAAAAGUCCAUUUCUCCACACUGUCUUGUUUGUGAGAGGAAGAAAAUAAAGACAUCUUUUUUCUUUUUCUUUUAAAUUGCCUUGGACGCCAAAGGACGGAGUUGUUUUCUUUCAAUAAGAGAUUGUCCUAAAGUUGCACAAACAACGUCCAAAAUAUCCCCGGGUUUUUUUUCAGAAUAUGGAGUUUUUGCUACACGUGCACAAAUUCGACACUGACCCAUGAAAAGAACA